AGCGAGGCAAAAGGAAAAAAAGAAAAGAAGAAGGGAGAAGAGAGAGGGAGAGGGGGGUAGAGGAGCAAAGGGGAUGAAGGUUUAAUGCGGGGAAGGGGGGGGGGGGGGAAGGGCAGGGGGGGGAGCAGGGGAAGAAAAAAGUGGACUGAAGAAGAAGGAACAAGGAGAUGAGAAGAUGACGGGAGUGAAGGAAUCUUCUCUGUAGACUUUCUUUUUGGGGGGAGUAAAGAAGGGAUGCUAAGGGGAGGCAGACGCUCAUACCAGAUUGACAGGAAAUGUAACCCGCUCCCUCUAAAAGAAGAAAAAAAAAAACAGGAAGGCACUCAAAUGAUAAUGAGAACUGGGUUUGAUGACAAAGGCUUUGCACCAGAGCCGAGGCGCGAGUUGGACCCGCUUUCCUCAGACCUGCACUUCUUCUCUUCUUCGACUCUCCGAGAGCGUACAAGUGUCUCCUCACCCUGAACGCUCCGUCUCGGAUCUACCAACCUGUGAUUUGAUGUCUGUGCGCAAGCUCGCAAGCACACACCCACCAUGCACUCAAGGCACACACACAUAAACACACACACACACACACACCCUUCGUAGAGCAGCAGGUCCCCGGAAGAGCAGCCAAACUGUCAGUGACUGCUGCUGACACAUGCUCGCUCUCAGCUCAGCUCUCUCUUUAGUUUCUGCGAAGGGAGGAGGAGGAGGAGGAGAAGUGGGAGGAGGAGGAGGAGAAUAAAGUGAGGCUGGAGGGAACGGACUAAAAACCCAGAUAGAAACAGAGGAACUGAGACACUGGAGCAAUCCCGUAGACCCGAGGACACCGGCAAGUGAUGCCUGAGGAGCAGCCCCGGAGUCGGAGCUUUGACUACUUCUCCUGGGUUUUUUUUACUUCCCUCCUCUUGAUAUUAUCCCUGCUCCGUUUCCGUGAUGAGGAGAGACCGUUUCCUCCUGGCCGCCACCCUCACGGCUAUCUUCUCCGCUGACCUGUACUUCGUCCUCCUGCCCAAGCUGCGGGGCGUGAGGCGGACGCAGGGACUCUCGUGCUCGUGUGGUUCCGGGAACCUCAGCCUCCCCGCGCUGGAGGGCCUGGCCACGCCGCAGCUCUCCAACUGGACGCGUGGACCGCCACCGCCCGGGCUGGCCGCCGGAGGCCGGAAGCUGGAGAAGCUCUUCGCUCAUCCUCUGUACGACAUCCGGACGCCGGCGCUGGGGCCGGAGGAGAGGCUGCUGCAGACGGAGCAGCUGCUGGACUACUACCGGAGGAAGGUGUCCCGCUGGGAGAGGCACAUGAAACUCUACAGCGAGGCGGCGGCCGUGGCCAACGUGACCGUCACAAAGCACAAAAUGAUUUACGACCGCGACGCCAGCUGGCUGAAGUUCCACGUGGGAAUAAACCGCUAUGCGCUCUACUCCCGUGAUGACCCCGCCGUCGUCCGGCUCCUCGGAGACAUGCAGAGCAUGGCGGUGGUCAGCGCGGAUUACACUCAGGAUGAGAAGGCCCUGAAAGGAGCAUGCGAUUGCACUCAAGUGGUGAAACCCAGCGGACAUCACCUGAAGCUGGCCCUGAAAAUGCACAACUUUGCUAAAGUCAUGUUCAAACCGAUGAGGCAGCAGAGGGACGAAGAGACCCCGGACGACGUCUUCUACUUUGUUGACUUCCAGAGGCACAACGCAGAGAUCGCCGCCUCUCACCUGGACAGAAUUCUGGACUUCCGGAGGGUUCCACCGGUGGCUGGGAGGCGAGUUAACGUCACAGGAGAAGUUCUACAGGUAGCCCACAAUGAAGACCUACGAGCCGUGUUCUUCACCUCACCAGCAAACAACACCUGUUUCUUUGCCAAGUGCCUGUACGUGUGUAAGACGGAGUACGCCGUGUGCGGCAGCCCCGACCUGCUGGAGGGAUCACUUUCUGCCUACCUGCCGGGCCUCAGCAUCGCCCCCCGCCUCUCCAUCCCAAACCCCUGGGCCCGCUCCUACACCUUCACUGGACGGGAGGAGUGGGAGGUGAAUCCAUUCUACUGCGACACAAUAAAGCAGAUGUACCCGUACAACUCAGGCAACAGGCUGCUCAACAUCAUAGACAUGUCCAUCUUCGACUUCCUGAUAGGGAACAUGGACAGACACCACUAUGAGAUUUUCACCAAAUUUGGAGAUGAAGGAUUUAUCCUCCACCUGGACAACGCCAGAGGGUUUGGGAAGCACUCUAGAGAUGAGAUGUCCAUCCUGGCUCCGCUAUCUCAGUGCUGCUUGAUAAAGCGCUCCACGCUGCUCAGGCUGCAGCUCCUGGCUCAGCCGGAGUUCCAGCUGAGCGACGUGAUGAGGGAGUCCCUCGGGGGGGACCCGCUCUGGCCGGUCCUGACCGAGCCCCACCUGCUGGCGCUGGACCGCAGGCUGCAGAAGGUCCUCCGGGCGGUGCAGCGCUGCGUCCGGAGGCUGGGCGAGGACGAGGUGAUCACCCAGGACUUUGUGAAGCCGGCGGUGAGAGCUCAGACUGCCACAGAGGGGGCGGCGUCCAGGUGACAGGGGG